AUGUCAUUUAUCACAGGUCUUUAUGUCCACACCCAGACCUCUGGGUCUUUGCCCAGCACGAUCGAUAUUAGUGCCAAAACUUUGACCAAUAAACCAGCAAUAUCAAACAAUACUACAACAAGCAUAUCAACAUCAUCAAGGGCCAUAAUCACAGCUUCCAAUAAACACACCAGUUCUCAAAAUGCAUUGAGUAAACUUGUAUCAAUGAACAGUAUAGCAAUAACUUCCAGUUCCGCAGCAGCCACAAGGAGCGUAACAUCCACCUUUACCAAGGACACCAGUACCAAUCCAGCUUCAACCUUUAUCCAAUCAGACUCAACAUUGAGUAACAAUAUUAACUCCAGCGAUGAUCUGACAUCAAUUAGUAACACAGCCACGUCUUCCAGAAGUGUUACCAGUAUCCUGCAAAUUAUUAUGAAUAACACAGUACUAGCUACCAGUACAUCAGAGUCAACAAAGAGCAGUGUGAUGACUUCUUCCAGCAACGAUGCCAGCAUCCGAUUAGCAGCAACCAGUAGCACACCACCAACUCCAAGUGCUUCCAUUAGUAACACGUUGACAGUUUUCAGUAAUGAUACCAGUAAGCAGCCAGUUUCAACUAAUAGCACAAGUAUGUCUUUCAGUGAGGCCAGUGCCCCACCAAGUAAUUGGAGUAACUCAGUGUCACCUUCAUCUUCAUUUCAUCCAUCGUCUAAUAAUAUAAUGACUUCCCCCACCAGAGAAACCAGUAUGCAACCAGAACCAUCCAGUAGCACAGUAACGUCUUACAGCACUACCAGUAGCCAACCUGUAACUAUGAACACAGAAUCAUCUUUUAGUCCAUUUAUAACAAGUGUCAGUAACAGGUCAACUGCUGUCAGUAAUGUCACCAUUAAUCAGCCUUUCUCAUCAAGUAAUGCGACCAUGACUUCAAGUAAUGAUUACAAUAGCAGGAUGACCUCUUCUAGUGAUGAUACAGGUUUCCAACCAGAAUCUUCCAGCAGCGCAGUUACAUCUUCCAUUACUCUUACCAGUAGCCCAGUGGUAACUACGAACACAACAUCUUCUAGUAGUCCAUCCAUAAGUGUCAGUAUCAUGUCAACUGCUUUCAGAAAUGACGCCACUGCUCAGCCAUUCCCAACCAGUAAUUCAACAACGUUUUCCAGCAUAGUGUUUUAUAAUACCGUUACCAGUAGCCCAACGGCUGUCAUGGAUAAAACAGCUAUAUCUUCAACAUUAUCCAUAGUAACACCUAGUAUCAUGAUGACCUCUUCCACUGAUGACACCACUAUCAAGCCUCCAUCAACCAGUAACACAGCAAUAUCUUACAGUGAUGUUACCAGUAACCCAAUAUUUACCACAAAUAAAAUAUCAUCAACUUCUACAUCAAGAACACCAAAUAAUAUGAUGACUUCUACCAUUGAUUAUGCCACUAUCCGGCCUCAAUCACCCAGUAACACAGCUAAAUCUUACAGUGAUGUUACCAGUAACCCAAUACUUACCACAAAUAAAAUAUCAUCAACUUCAACAUCAACACCAAAUAACAUGAUGACCUCCACCAUUGAUGAUACCAAUAAUCAACCUACCUUUACCAGUAGGACUCCAACAACAUCUUAUGGAAGUGUUAUUAAUAGACCGCCAACUACCAUUAAUAUUGCAACUAAAUCAUCAAAUAUAUCAGUAGCCACAUCUAAUAAUAUGAUGACUUCUUCCAGCGAUGAAGCCAGUACCCACCCUAAAUCAAACAGUACUGCAUCAACUCCUUACAGUAGUGUUACCAGUAUCUCACAAGCUAUGAGGAAUAACACACUCUUACAUCCCAGUACCUCUGGGUCAGCCAAAAGCAGUGUCAUGGCUUCCUACAGCAGUAAAAACAGUAUCCACACAGUAGCAUUAAGUAGCACAGUAACAUCUCCCAGUGUUUCUAAUAUACCACAAGUUACUUUGAAAAGCACAACGCUGUCAAAUCCAUCUUCAUCAAGCACACAACAUUAUUUUGCUACUUCUAGUAUUGAUCCCAGUAACCAACCAAUAUCAACUUACACCACAAUGUCACCUUCUACUACUAUUACUGGCACUGAAGUUACUAAAAAAGACAGUGUGACAUCUUCAAGUUUAUCAGCCGCUACUUCUAGUAGUGUAAUGGAUUCUUUUACUACCAAGAACCAACCAGGACCAAGUAAUAGUACAGAUGUAUAUUCCAGUACUGCUGAUGUUCUGAAGGAUAACACUGAUGUAUAUUCCAGUACUGCUAAUGAUAUGAAGGAUAACACAGAUGUAUAUUCCAGUACUGCUGAUGUUCUGAAGGAUAAUACCGAUGUAUAUUCCAUUACUGCUAAUGAUAUGAAGGAUACGCCAGAAACAGCUUCCAGUUAUUUCACAACUACCAGCAACAUGUUAAGUGCUAACAGCAAAGACAACACUAAACAGGUAAAACCAACCAAUAGCACCAUAAUAUCUUCUAGUAGAGCUAUCACUACCUCACCAGGUAAUGUUAGUAACACAAAGUUAUCUUCAGCUUCAUUUACAUCAUCAUCACCUAGUACUCUAAUGGCUUCUUCUAGCAGCUAUGAUACCAGUUUCCAACCAGCAUCAUCCAGCAGCACAAUAGCAUCAUCCAUUAUUCUUACCAGUAGCCCAGUAGAAAUUAUGAACACAGCAUCUACUAGUAGUCCACCCAUCGCAAGCAUCAUGUCAACUGCUUUCAGCAAUGUCACCGUUGUUCAGCCUUCUUUAUCAAAUAAGGUGACGAUAACUUCAAGUAAUCCCAAUAACAUGAUGAAAACUUCCAGUAAUGAUAUCAUUAUCCAGCCUCCAUUAACCAGUAGCCCAGCAACAUAUUUCAGUAGUCAUAACAAUAGCCCAUCAGUUGCAACAAAUUAUACAACUUUAUCUUCAACAUCAUCAUCAAUAUCACCAUCAAAGUCAUCAUCAUCAAUGAUGGUAAAAACUUCCAGUGAUGAUGUCAGUAUCCUGGCUACAUUAAGCAGUAAUACAUCAAAAUCAUACAGUAGUACUAUCAGUAAAAUAUCAGUUGCAAUGAAUACUACAGCUAUAUCGUCAUCAUUAUUAUCAACACCAAAUAACAAGAUGACCUCUUCCAUUGAUGAUGCCAUUAAUCAUCUGACAAUUACCAAUAGUACUGCAACAUUUUACAGUAGCAUUACUAAUAGUGCAUCAAAUACUAUUAAAAAUGUAGCUAUGUCUUCAAAAUUGUCAAUUUCAACAUCCAACAACAUGGUGAACUCUUCCAGUGGCAAAACCAGUACCCAGCCUAAAAGAACCAGUACUGCAUCAAAAUCAAACAGCUCUGGUACCAAUGGACAGAAUACAGGUAAUCUCAAUAUAAAGGUAUAUUAA